CGUACUAGGUAGACGUGCAGAAACGAUAGAAAGUUAUAUUUUCUGAUCAUCUUUAUUGUCGCUUCUCUACAGAAAAAAACAUCGAGAUAAAUAAUUAAAGGCACCCCAGUGUGAACUGAAAUCUAUCAAAAUGAAUGAUGAUGAUUCAACUCAAGGCUUCAACAUGGGAGACAACUUUGCCUUCAGUGAAAAGACCAUUCGAAUGGGUUUUAUCAGAAAGGUGUAUGGGAUCCUGCUCUGUCAAAUCUUAGUCACCAUCCUGUUUAUUUGUCUCUUCCUGUAUGCACCAGCUGUGCAGAACUUUGCAGCCGUGAACCCAUGGCUGUGGUAUGUUGCAAUAGUUCUAACAUUCAUCAUGAUCAUUGCAUUGGCUUGCUGUCCGGAUGUCCGACGUCAGUCUCCUCUCAACAUGAUUUUACUCGCCAUAUUUACGGUAUGUGAAGGAUUUUUGUUGGGAGGCGUGGCAGGGACAUACAAUGAAAAUGCAGUUCUGAUGGCUGUAGGUGUGACAGCAAUUGUGACCUUUGCCCUGACUGUCUUUGCUUUUCAAACUAAGAUUGAUUUCACAAUGAUGGGAGGACUGCUGUUUGUCUUUCUGAUCGUCCUCAUUUGUUUUGGAUUUCUCUGUGCCAUAAUCCAAAAUGAGUAUGCCAGACUAGCUUAUUCCUGCCUUGGUGCUCUCCUGUUCAGUGCUUACAUCGUGUUUGACACCCAGAUGAUGAUCGGCGGUAAACACAAGUACUCGCUGUCCCCAGAAGAGUACAUUUUUGCAGCCCUGAAUCUUUACCUAGACAUCGUCAACCUCUUCCUCUUCCUUCUCAGCAUAUUUGGCUCCAGAAACUAGACGACACCUGAUUUAAAAAUAAAGCAUAUUGUGGGUAUACCCUACCUGAUAUAUAUAAAGGAGGAUUGGCAUAACUUGUACCAGAAUGGUUUUUCACUAUAAAAAAAAUGUAAAUUUUAAAGUGGAUACAAUUCUUUGAUAAACAAAAGUCAUUACCUGCCUGAUUUUUUUCCAUAUUUGUCAGAAUAUAUUUAUCUUGUUACUCAUAUAUUUCUAGCAUGUUCGAGAAAAGGGGUAGAAAAAUGAUUAUUCCCUGGUUUGAAGAUUUGACAGAGAAAUCUCUACACUCAGAGGAGAUUCAAUACUCUAACCCUUGGCAAAGCCUCAGGUUACACAGUUGUGAAUCUUCUCCCUGGGUUGAGAUUUCUCUGGCCUUCCCUCAUGCUAGGUAAAGAUCCUAUUAAUCUCCAGGUAUUGAAAUACAAGUGUCAAGGCAUGUAAUAUGUACGGAAAGAUAUAAGUUACAGUAUUAAUCUAUUUAAACAUAAAUAUGUGAAGUUCGUCAUGUUUUUUAGCUCACCCUGCCCAUCCAGUGUUCAUCUAGAGUCAAAGUUUUCAUUUAAACAACUGCUUCUUAAUAACCAGCAGACCAAAUAUGGUAUUUGGCUGGUAUUUUGCUUGACGAAGCCCAACAAAAUUUGGGAAAGCAAGUUACCUUGACCUUUAUUCAAGGUCACAGAGGUCAAAUUAAAAGGAUUUUUUCUGACUAUCAAAAGAUGAAGGAGCAUGAUAUUUGGCUGAUAGGUUGUUUGCAAACAGAAAUGACCUUGACCCUUAUUCAAGGUCACAAAAAUCAAAUUGUUUUAAACCUUAAAAAGUUUUUUCUGACUAACCAAAAUGUGCAGAAGCAUGGUAUUUGGCUUGUAGAUUACUGGGAUUAUGACUGACAAUGUUUACAAGAAGAAAUUACCUUGACCGAUAUUGAAGGUCACAGGAAUUGAAUUUUUUGAAACCUAUGGAAGACUUCUUUUGCUAAACCAGAAGUCAGAGAAGCAAUGAAUUUGACGGAAAAAUGUUUAUAUGUCAAAGCCCAACAAAUUUCAAGAAAAAUUACUAAAAUUUCAAGUCAUAACUGUUAAAAUUGAUUGGAUGUGCCCACUUUGAAAGAAAAUAGUGUACACUUCAAUAUAUUUGUGAUAUUAACACUGAUUUUAUUUUUGAUGAACAUGGAAUACCAGGUGAUCAAUGGGGUCUCUUGUUUUUUUUAAUUUAUGUUAAGUAUUUUAUUUGCAUAUUUGUAAUAAAAACAAUCUUGUAUAAAUUAUACUGUUUUCUCAACUUUUUAUUCAUCUCUGACAAUAAGACCCACCCAUAUCUAUAACUAUUCAGUAGCAUCAUCAGCCUUUUGGGACAUAUAAUGGGUCCCUAUUCCCUAUUGCAAUUAUUUUAUAUUUAAGCCAAAUUCAGAAAAUUUACAGUUAACUCCAUAAAAUCCUUCUCAAUUCAUCAAUUUUCUCCCCAAAAUGGGGCAAAAAUCUGCAUCCAAACCAGUCCCCACCCCCUUCCUCACCUGACUUUGAGUUAGAUAUAAUGUAUUGUCUACUGGGUUUAUUGUAGAAUUUAAAAAGCUAAUUUCUGUGACCAAUUGUUUCCAUACACUUAUUUUUCUGCAUUUUUUAACUAGUGGUUUUCAAAGACAUGUUCUUGACACCAUAGUUUCCAUCUACAACUUUGCUGACCUUUAAUUUUAGGAAACAAGAGUUUGCGUUCUGUAUUGAAUUAAUUAAUUUGUUUCCCAUUUUAGUAUGUACAGAACAGGAGAGAGAGAAUAUAAUUAAAUAUAUAUGUUGGUACAACGUACCUUAUUGAUUAAUUUUCAAAUUCAUGAAUGUUUGACAAUAUCUGAAAUCAAACCAAUCAAAAUCCACUUUAUGUUAUGUACAUAAUUGUACAGUGUAUAUAGGAUAUAUGCUUUACUAUCACCUGGUGUUGUCUACAUCAUUGUUAUGUAUAAUUUACUUGUCAAAAUCAGUACAGUUGUCUUUUACAGGACUAAUUUGUUUAUUUUUCACACUUUUGAAGUGAUGAAAUACUCUGUGCUGGAAAGAAAAUUAAUGUAUUAGUGUUGAGAGUGUUUGAUAGGUAUCAACCAUUAUUAACUAUGACUUGUGGCUGAGAUAUUUUCAUUUUGUACUAGAUAUAACAAACUUACGUUGUAUCUUGUUUCCAACAUUUUGUUUAAUCAAGGUUAUGUAGUAGAAUAUGACAUUUUUAGCCAAUUGCAACAUUGUGUUGAAAUUUAUGUGAUUUUGACUUUUCUCUGUUAAUUUGUUCUGUUUGUAUAACCUUUAAUUUGUUUAUUUUAUUUCUAUGACCUUGACUCAUUCUGUGACCUUGAUGUUGAUUUUGUUUCUAUGACCUUGACUCUUUAUUGUGACCUAGAUGUUGAUCUCGUUUUUAUGACCUUGACUCUUUAUUGUGACCUCGAUGUUGGUUUUGUUUCUAUGACCUUGACUCUUUAUGCGACCUUGAUAUUGAUUUUGUUUCGUUUGACCUUUUGUUACUUCUAUUUGAAAUGAGUUUCUGGUGGCUAAAGUUUGAUUUUCUGUGACUAGAGUUGUUUUUGUUAUCCUGAUUCUGUUUUGAAUUCAUCCAGCCACCAACAGACUGGAGCAUAUUCUACCCAAUUACUAAAGACAAAACAUGUCCAUAGUUAUGUAACUUUGUUGUCUGUUUUAUUUAAAUCACUAAUUCAUAGCUCUACAACAAAAAAACGCUGCCAGUCCAGCCUCUUUGAUUGAAGAUACACAUAUAUUUACAACCAAUAAUAGGCAUAUUUUAAAAUAUCUUUUGAAAUUGAGGUUUACUGGAUCAAAAUAGUCCCAUUUUCAAUACAGUAGUAAACCUCUGUGGAAAUUCUUUGGAGUUGGAUUAGAAAUAUUUUACUGAAGCCAUAUUAUAAAUAAGACUCCUACAUAAUUUUUUAAAAUCUGUCAUUGUGACUGUUUCUAUGUAGUUUGUUGGAAUCUGUUAAACCAUGUUCAUUUUUCAAUAUGGUAUAUUAUACCUUUGAAGAAUCAUGCUUUUCUUUUUUAUAUAAAGAAGUGUAGUGUUGUAUUUGUGUUAUAAGUGAUUUAUUUAUUAACUAAAUAGAUAUUUGUUUUACAUGAUGUUUCUAUCACAAAGCUGCAAACAUUAGGUCAUUUAUUGGUCUACAAACGUUAGGUCAUUUAUUGGUCUAUAAACGGUAGGUCAUUUAUUGGUCUAUAAACAUUAGGUCAUUUAUUGGUCUAUAAACAUUAGGUCAUUUAUUGGUCUAUAAACGGUAGGUCAUUUAUUGGUCUACAAACGUUAGGUCAUUUAUUGGUCUAUAAACAUUAGGUCAUUUAUUGGUCUAUAAACGGUAGGUCAUUUAUUGGUCUAUAAACAUUAGAUCAUUUAUUGGACUAUAAACAUUAGGUCAUUUAUUGGACUAUAAAUGGUAGGUCAUUUAUUGGUCUAUAAACAUUAGGUCAUUUAUUGGUCUAUAAACGUUAGGUCAUUUAUUGGUCUAUAAACGUUAGGUCAUUUAUUGGUCUAUAAACGUUAGAUCAUUUAUUGGACUAUAAACAUUAGGUCAUUUAUUGGACUAUAAACAUUAGAUCAUUUAUUGGACUAUAAAUGGUAGGUCAUUUAUUGGUCUAUAAACAUUAGGUCAUUUUUUGGUCUAUAAACGUUAGGUCAUUUAUUGGUCUAUAAACGUUAGGUCAUUUAUUGGUCUAUAAACAUUAGGUCAUUUAUUGGUCUUUAAACAUUAGGUCAUUUAAUGGUCGACAAGCAUUAGAUCAUUUAUUGGUCUACAAACGUUAGGUCAUUUAUUGGACUAUAAACAUUAGGUCAUUUAUUGGACUAUAAACAUUAGAUCAUUUAUUGGACUAUAAAUGGUAGGUCAUUUAUUGGUCUAUAAACAUUAGGUCAUUUAAUGGUCGACAAGCAUUAGAUCAUUUAUUGGUCUACAAACGUUAGGUCAUUUAUUGGUCUACAAACGUUAGGUCAUUUAUUGGUCUACAAACAUUAGGUCAUUUAUUGGUCUACAAACGUUAGGUCAUUUAUUGGUCUAUAAAUUACACUUAUGCAUUAUUAGUUUGAUCAAUUUUACACUUUUAACCUUCAUAACAGUUUGGUAUGCAUAUUUAUGCAGAGUCUUGUAAUUUUCCUUUUAAAGGGUUUUAAAUAUGAUUCAGUUUGAAACUUGAAAAGGACAUGUAUAUAUUUAAGUACUUGGUAGCUAUCAUAGUGAGUUGAUCAGGUAGUACACUGCAAUGUUUACUUAUAAAAAUGGAUGGUUGUAAUAUCUUGUUUUGUUGUAAUUGGCUCAGUGUACAGCUGAAACAAGCAUAUCACUAUUUUUUGUUAAAAUAACAAAUGAAAAACUUUUAUUUCCAAAGCAUAUCUUUUUCUGUGCAUUAUUUAUAAUUUAUUACACUACACAAUGUUUGUACAUGUGGCAGUGGCAUGCUAGGACUGAUUCUAUAAUACAAUAAUCAUAAUGUAAAAUAUAUUUCUAAUUAUUCAACAUUUUAAGUCAGUCAUUUCCUACAUUCACAGUCUUGGAUUUACUGACAUUGCACUGUAACAGAACCUUUUCAUUCCAAUCACAGUUGCUUGAAUUUGUGUGUACAUCAGAAUCUCGUUUAUAUCUGAAUACUACUCCUUCAUCGAAUUCUUUUGGACAGAAUUUAUAGUGUUUAUAAUGUGCAGUGAUAUAUUACAAUUUGUCAGUGUUCAGAGUUUUACAGCCGUUUUUCUAGAAUAGUGUCAGUCACAACAGAUAAGCUUGUAUUUGUGACAAGAGGUAAAAUCAUUAUAAAUUCAAUUGUGCAAAAUAUAAACAACAAACCGUAUUAACCUUGGUGAUUUAAAUUCAAUGAUUUUAAUUGUUUUGCAUAUUUUUCGAAAAUAUUGGAUAUUCAAAAACAUCAAUAACAUACAAAGCAAGUCUCCUUAUAGGAAAAAAAAUAACAAAAACAAUUUUGAAAUUGGAAAUGAAGUUUGCACUAUUGAUCAGAAAAUAAAAAUUUAAAAGAUAAUGGUGUAUCUUGGUUAGUCUAGGUUGAUCACUGUUACAGUACCAUCCAUGCUUCGCACAUGAAUGAAAUUUGGAGACCUUAUAAUACAGUGCUAAAAUGAUAUUUAUUCUUCCUGCAAAUAAACUAGGACUUGAUGUCAACAACGAAUAUAAAAUGGUCAAAGACAACAGGUGUCAAAGUUUUCAGCCUUUCUUAGACAGGCAAGAAGUAGAAUUCAAGUUAAAUCAAAUUAUUUCCUGUAAAAGGCAUUUGAUUUGUUCCAAAGUAACCAACCUUCAUAUCAGUAUUGAUUCAUUAGGAGCCAAAUCACUUUCAUCUUCAAUUAAUAGUGACAUUUGAUAGAUAACUUAUCUGACUUGAAUAAUGUGAUAGUGAAACAUGUUUUUGUCAUGUUUAGGUCAUCUGACCUGUCAUGUGUAGCCAUCAUGUUUCUUCCAUCAUUGUGUGCCAUCUACCAUGUGCAAACUUUCCAUUCAAAUGACUUCUCUCAAUAACCAAAAGACAAUGAGGUUUGUUCUCAUCAAAAUAUUCAAAUGACUUCUUCUUAAUAACCCAAAUGCAUAGGGUGCUGACAUUUGGCCUCUAGCAUAAUGGAAUGAAGGGCUACCAAAGUUAUUAAAAUUAAUGACCUUGACCCACUUUUAAAGUCAUAGGGUCAAUGUGUUUAAACUUUCAGUGACAUCUUUUCAAUAACCAAAAGGCCAGGGGCAUUGAUGUUGUGCUUGUAGCAUACUUCUAUGAGUUUGUUUAUAUAGUUGACCUAGACCCACUAGGUCACAGGGUAAAUGUGGCAAAAUCUCAAGUUCUUAAUAACCUAAAAGGCCCAAGGUGCUGAUAUUAGUUCUGUAGCAUGCUGGAAUAAAAGGCUACAACCUUUGUUCAUAUGAUUGACCUUGACCUACUUUCAUGGUCACAAGUGUCAAGUAUGUCAUCAUCUUCGUCAGCUUCUAACAUUUUGGACUUUCUGAACAUACUUCAAUGAAAUUUUAUAGAAACCUUCCAUAGCCAAAGGUGCACUUUAAUUGUGAAUUAUUCAGUCCCCACUCCCAGGAGGCCUGGGCCAAACUGGUAAAACUGAUUGAAACUUCAAAAAUCUUCUUCUCCAUACCCAGGUAUGGUAGAAUCAAAUAACCUUUAUGGAUUUAAUUAUCAGGCCUUCUAAUACUUCACCAGAAUUUCAUUUAAUGACCCCAGGGUCUCGUAUUUCCCCCUCGAGAAGGGGUAAUACUUACUAUAGUUUAUAUAGGAAAAUUACAUUUUUGAACAUAAUUUGUUAAUUUUCUGUAAGAAACUAAGUUAGAAUUAUUAGCAUGACUGAUGAUAUGCACAUAUUGACUGGCUGAUCCUGCGGGGCUGGUGGAUGGGGUUGAAAGGAGUCAAAUGGAUCUUUUCAAUACCUAGAUACCCAGACUCUAUUAAAUAUUGUUCAUGGAUGGAAGAGUUUAUACAGAAAAAUGACAUUUUUGGGUGUAACUUCUUUUAAUUCAAACUUGGUUAGAAGCCUUAGCAUGGGACAGCAGUUGAUGUUAUGCACAUUUUAUAAAUUUUUUAACAAGAUUAUUUCUAUGACAUGCUGCAAGAAGAAAACUAACUCAGGUGACGUUAAAGCCCUAUGGGCCUCUUUUUGCAGAAGAUGUAUUAAUACAAUGUUUAAGUUAAAUAACUUUUGAUGUAGCAGAAGCGGUGUCAGAUGAUUAAUGAUCACUAUUUUUUACAGUAAGUAGAAAGUCUAUGUGUCACUUGUAUUGAUGUCCAUAGGUUAGGUUACACUAAACUCAUUCCAUGUUGUAUAGAACAGUGUAUUUAUUGUUGUAAACAUUGAAUAAAAUGUCAAAAACA